AUGGCAAGCCCUGCACACCACACUGGGUUUGUUAAAUGGUACAACGUGAAGGCAGGAUACGGGUUUAUCGAAGACCUCCGUACAGGGAAAGACAUCUUCUGCCAUGCCUCUGGCCUCACCCGGGCUCUUAAGGAUCGGCCGCCCAGAGAAGGAGACGAAGUCCUUCUCGCCAUCCAGGAGGGGUCAAAGGGACCGGAGGCAUUGGCAGGAAGAAACCAUCGCCGCCUGCAGGAGCUUGUACCUGUCAUCCUGCAGCACAACGGCCUGCCAGCCAUCCAAAUUCCUCUGUGCGCCCUGGACAACCCCGCCCGCACCAUCAGGAGCCGUUCUCUUCGAGGCAAGACAGGAGAUGCUACAGACGAAACCGUGGCUGCUCCUAACCCCCAACAAGAAGAAGCAGCGCCAGCGGGAGACGAGCCCAAGAACCGGGAGAAGACGGGGACGGAGACGCAGGACGACCCCCCCUCCGGCAAGCAGGAAGACAACGACGGAUGGGUGACCAAGGAAAAGCGGCGACGGAGGAAGACAUACCUUCGGCUCGUGCUGCCAAAAAGAGAACAGACAACCACGCCUGAUAUUGCCCUCCGCGAGUCACCCACCAUCACGAAGCUGAGGAGAGAAAAACAGACGGGGAAAGUCCGGGAAGACGUGCUCCAUGGCUGCUACAUCCACGAAGAGAACCGUUUCGUGGGAAACAUCAAAGGCUACACGUGA